ACAAAUCCAAACACUCUAGUUUUUGUUUCAAAACGUAAGCAAGACAAAUUAGCAAGAUUGAUCACGAUGACAGAAAGUUGAUAUCAUAUAAUAUAUUUAUAUUUGUUAAUAUAAUUAAGAAACAUGCACCUGGCUACAUAUAACAAACUGUUGAAAGAAUAAAAUUAGAAAAAUAAUACCUUUUUGACCAAUUACCACAAAUGCAAACAUUAGUAGUUUUUGUUUCAAACGUAAGCAAGACAAAUUAGGAAGACUAUCGGUUCACGAUGACAGAAAGUUAUAUUUGUUAAUUAAGAAACAUGCAGUUGGCUACAUAUAACAAUCAUCCUUUGUGACAUCUUUACUUCCAAUCAAACCAAGCAUUACCAGGUAUGAACCUGAUGGCUUCCACUUUAAAAAAAUCUCUUGCCACGAUACUUUUUGUGUUGGCCUUUCUUUGCAAGACCAUGGUCCCGAUUAAUUUAGCUGUUGUGAUAGAUAAGUGCAUUAAAGAUUGUAUGGCUGUCAAAGUGAAUUGCGGAACAGAAUGUAAAGCAGCUGGCUAUCAAACAGGAAGUCGUUCAGCCACCGAAGCCAACCACGGACCUGUUACUGGCAAAACCGAGAUCGACCGCUGUCUCCACUAUGUCGUCGCCGCUGAAGAAGCUUUUGUUGCCGCCACUGAUGUCAAUCGUAGCUCUUGUCGCGGGCGACGAUGGGGACUUGCUAGCGAACGAACGUCUUUUGUUGUUGCUGCUGUCACGUUUGUGUAUGUGUGUGUUGCUACUCCUCUGUGGCUUGUAAAGGGAUGCUCGCUGGACAGAAAAGCUCAAGGAGAACCACCAUGGUGGCUGCCACCGCUCUUUCUUCUCCACCGCCAACAACCACCGUGGUGGAAAUUGAAGAAAAGCGCCACCAUAGGAUGGUGGCUGCCGUCACAUGCCACCGCCAACCACCACUAG